CGACGCUUUGCUCGAAGGCAGGAAGGAGGAAGGACGGCGCUAAAGCUCGCUCGACAGCAAGCCAAGCCAAGCCAAGCCUCGACGACUGCGGCACUGUAGCGAUGGCGGACCGGCGGGCGUCCUCCACGUGCGAGAGCUUCCUGUCCAACGACGGCAGCGACGACCUGGUCGUGCGCUACGUGUGGGGCGGCGAGGCCAUCGGCCUGGAGCUCAUGCGGCCGCCGCCCUCCAGCGCCAUGCACACGAUCUACUGGGGCGCCGACCCGCUGGGGGUGACGCUGGGCGUCGAGGAGACGUCGCGCCAGAUCAUCGUGACGCGCUCCAGCCGCGCGGACGUGCGCUCGGGCGACGUGCUGCUGCACGCCGGCGGCGAGCCCUUCACGGAGCAGACCUUCGCUCAGCGCAUGGCGCUGCUCAAGCAGGAGCACGAGCUGGGGGGCGCGGCUAUCCCCUUCGUGUUCGCGCCGCCGCCGCCGCCCGUGCGCGUCAAGAAGUGCGCGGGCGCGCUCAAAGAGGCCGGCGUGGACGCCAGCUUCGAGCUGCGCUACGUGGACGGCCGCGUGGUGCGCUACCUCGAGAUGAAGGAGCUGCAGGUGCUCAUUCGCAACGCGCGCAAGCCCUGCACCAUGGCCUUCGUGCAGAGCAGGGAGAAGCAGUUCUACGGCGUCCUGCAGCGCCAGGAGCAGCAGCGGCGCAAGCAGCAGCAGGUCAGCCAGGCGGCGACGGCCAGUGCCGGACUGGCAUUGGCGGCCGCCAUCGUCGUCAACAUCACAUGA